AUGAGUCGUUUCUCAGCAGAACUUCUUUUUUCGUGUACGUUUUCGUUUCGUGAUUCUCCUUUAGCGGCCGACAAUUGUUGGAAACUACAAGCGUUUGAUGUGGUCGUAUGCACAGCAAUGACGAAGGCACCAGUCAGAACGGCAAUAUUGCCUCAAUGGAUAGCACAACCAAAAGAACAGGUAAGAAAUCAGAUUUCCUUUGGUACGCCGACACGUGCGCUCAGCGUCAAAGUCAUGAUCUGUUGUUGGUCUAUGGCUAAGGGGGCGUGGAGAUACUACUGCGGCGCGCCGCCAUUUCCUUCCAAAUCCAACGUCUGUCCUACUUCAACAUCACCAGCUUUCACAUCGUCUGCCUCUGCUCCGACUAUGUUAACACUUCCUCCACCAGCAACUCCUAGUUCUACCGCGGACGUUGCCGCGAGACCCCACGUGCUUCCACCUUUUCUGCUUCAUCUUCAUGCGCUGCGUUUCCAGCCACGACUUCCACCUCCAUACUCUCGCUUUCUACCUCAACAUUGGCCACCUUUGUUCCUACCUCCACUACUUCCACCCCGUUUGCUGCUGCCUCAAGACCGGAAGAAAACGAACCACUAGAUUUUCGACGUUGUGGCCGUAAGGAAGUUGUAACUGCGUUCUCCGGAUUCAAUUUCGCUGAAUUUUCAAUAGAUGGCCUUACUCCAGGUCGUGCUGAUAAUCGGGGUGCAGACGGACGAGAACCACCUCCUGCAACAUCAGAAUUUUU